AAUCCCACCAGAGAAGCAAGUCUUCUACUUGCAUCGUUCACACAAUCCAUCCAUCCGUCUGUCACCAUGGCUGCUUCCACAAUGGCUCUCUCCUCUCCUUCUCUGGCCGGAAAGGCUGUGAAGCUCGGCCGAUCCGCCUCUGAUCUUCUUGGAGAAGGAAAGGUCACCAUGCGAAAGUCCGUAGGCAAGCCAAAGCCCAUCUCAUCCGGCAGCCCAUGGUACGGCCCUGACCGUGUCAAGUACUUGGGUCCCUUCUCCGGUGAGCCUCCAUCCUACCUGACCGGAGAAUUCCCCGGUGACUAUGGCUGGGACACUGCCGGGCUAUCCGCUGACCCCGAGACCUUCGCCAAGAACCGAGAGCUCGAGGUCAUCCACUGCAGAUGGGCCAUGCUUGGGGCUCUUGGUUGUGUCUUCCCUGAGCUCCUUGCACGCAAUGGAGUCAAGUUCGGCGAGGCCGUAUGGUUCAAGGCCGGUGCACAGAUCUUCUCUGAGGGUGGGCUGGACUACUUGGGCAACCCAAGUUUGAUCCACGCACAGAGCAUUCUAGCCAUCUGGGCUACACAGGUUAUCUUGAUGGGUGCUGUUGAGGGCUACCGUAUUGCAGGUGGGCCUCUUGGUGAGAUCACUGACCCACUCUACCCAGGUGGCAGCUUCGACCCAUUGGGCCUUGCUGAUGAUCCUGAGGCUUUCGCUGAGUUGAAGGUGAAAGAGAUCAAGAAUGGCAGGUUGGCCAUGUUCUCCAUGUUUGGGUUCUUUGUUCAGGCUAUUGUGACUGGCAAGGGACCUUUGGAGAACCUGGCUGAUCACCUUGCCGACCCUGUCAGCAACAAUGCUUGGGCAUAUGCCACCAACUUUGUCCCCGGCAAGUGAGUGAAUUGAGGAGGCACACUUCCUUCAACAAUUUGUGUACUGAGACUGUUUAGAAAUAAGUUUGUUGUUGGUCAUGUAAAUUAAUAUUGCAAACUAAUGGAAAAUAUGUGAAUUUUGUGUAACAGUGAUUAAUAUUUUCUAAUGUAUUUUGCUUCAU